AUGUUUCUCUACAUCAUCCUAGCCAUACCGGUGCUAUUCUGUUUCUACGUAAAAUGGGUCCAAUCCCACUGGAAACGGAAGGGCGUCGAGUACAUCGAACCCAAGUUCUUCCACGGCAACAUCGACGAUUCCUUCGAGACGGCGAUGCCCGUUCACCGGCACAUACUCUACAGGAACUUCUACAACGAAUUCAAGCGGAGAGGCGUCAAAUUCGGCGGCAUCUACAACCGGCUGACGCCCGUCCUCGUCCCGAUGGACCUCGAGCUGGUCAAGUGCAUCCUGCAGAGCGACUUCGCGAACUUCGUGAAUCGCGGACAGUACAUCAACGAGGAAGGGGACCCGCUCUCCAACCACUUGUUCAAUUUGCCCAGCGAGAAAUGGAAGAAUUUGAGGUCUAAAUUGACUCCUACUUUUACCUCGGGCAAAACGAAAAUGAUGUUCGCCACUGUAGUGGAGACCACGGCGGGUUUAGAGACGCUUUUGGAUAAAAUAAUCGCCACCGAAGGGCCGGUGGAUAUGAAAGACGUGUUCUGUCGCUACGCCAUCGACGUCCUAAGUUCGGUAUCGUUUGGGACUCAAGCCAAGUGCAUGGAAGACGAGACUUCGCCUUUCCUCAGGAUCGGCAAGCUCAUUUUCGUGCCGGAUAGAUCGAAUUACGCGCAAGUCAAAAGAGCCAUCGCCGAGUUGUUGCCGUCUUGGAUAAUCGAAAGAUUGAAGAUUCGAAUAACCAAGUUGGAAAUCGAGGAGUUCUUCAUGAAAUGGGUGAAGAAAAUAGUCGAUUACAGAGAGAAAAAUAACAUAUGCGCCCAGGAUUUCUUGCACCUUUUGAUCCAGCUCAAAAACAACGACGAACUCUCCGACGACAGCAAGAUCAAUGGAAAGAGCGACAAGCAGUUUUUAACCAUGGAGCAAUUGACGGCUCAAUGUUAUGUAUUUUUCCUCGCCGGUUACGAAACCUCCGCGUCCACCAUGACCUUCGCCUUGAUGAACAUGGCUCUCUAUCCGGAGACCCAGGAAAAAGCCCGCGAGGAAGUUAACAGGAUUAUGAAGAAAUACGACGAUCAAAUUACAUACGAUGGCAUUAUGGAGAUGAUGUACUUGGAUCAGGUUUUACACGAAACCAUUCGCAAAGACGGAGUAGUUUCUGUGUUUAGGAGAAUUUGUAAUGAAGAUUUCAAAGUUCCCGGUAGCGAUUUCGUAAUCGAAAAGGGAACGGUGAUUCGGAUACCGUUGACUGGAAUAACGCGCGAUCCGGAAUAUUUUCCGGAACCGGAAAAAUUCGAUCCGGAGCGGUUCAGCCCCGAGAACAAGAUUAAUAUCCCGCCUUUCGCGCAUUUGCCAUUCGGGGAAGGGCCGAGAAAUUGCAUAGGUAUGAGGUUCGGUAAAUUGCAAACGAAAGUAGGUAUUGCUUUCGUGCUACAUAAAUACAAAAUCACUCUUAGCAAGAAAACUCAAAUUCCGAUGCAAAUAGACCCUACGAAAGUUUUUCCCACAGUAAUAGGUGGCGUAUGGUUAAAUUUGGAAAAGAUUAAAUAAGCUGAAAUAAUCAAUAGAUAUUAAAUAUAUUCUUGUUUAAUGUAUACUUUUUAGAUAAUAAAGUUUUAAAUACGAUUCGUUUACUCUAA